CUUCGCCCUCAACAAAGUUCCCCAGAUAGAAAGCCGCGUAUUUGAGCCGUUGAACGAGACAAAGUGGUGCCAAAGUGGUUCCAGCAAAGAUAUUUUUGCAUAUCUUUAAUUCCACUCGUAGGUUUUGAGAUCGAGUGGAACCCAGUGAAGCUUUCAGAUCCACCAUUUCUCUCUUUCUCGAGUUCUUGGAGGAGACAAGGUUGUUGUUGGAAGGGCAAAUCUAAGCAGGAAGUUAUUUUAGAAAACCGAUCUAUCGCAUUGGAAUUGGUGGUAGUAUUAGUACUUAGAGAAGAGUCAGAUCCGAAGCAAUAGCUAUGUCUUUCACUGGCACCCAACAAAAAUGCAAGGUUUGCGAGAAGACAGUUUAUCCGGUAGAGCAGCUCUCUGCUGAUGGGGUUGUUUACCACAAGUCUUGCUUCAAGUGUUCCCAUUGCAAAGGGACGCUGAAGCUCAGCAACUAUUCCUCAAUGGAAGGUGUUCUGUACUGUAAACCUCACUUUGAGCAGCUCUUCAAGGAGACGGGUAGUUUCAACAAGAAUUUUCAGUCACCUGCAAAGUCAGCUGACAAGUUAACCCCAGAGAUGACUAGGUCACCUAGCAAAGCUGCCAGCAUGUUUUCUGGGACACAAGAAAAAUGUGCUACUUGUGGUAAAACUGCUUAUCCGCUGGAAAAGGUGACAGUGGAAAGCCAGGCCUAUCAUAAGUCAUGUUUCAAGUGCUCUCAUGGCGGUUGCCCAAUAACCCCAUCUAAUUAUGCAGCCCUCGAGGGCAUUUUGUAUUGCAAACACCAUUUCGCUCAGCUUUUCAAGGAGAAAGGGAGCUACAACCAUCUUAUCAAGUCUGCAUCAAUGAAACGCGCAGCAGCAUCUGUUCCCGAGGCUUAAACUCCCUCCCUAUGCUUAAUUAUGGUUUGAUUACAUGGUUUUUUUUUUAAUUUUUUGGGGGUUUCCAAGUGUGCUUUUUUUUUCUGAUCCCUAAUCGCAAUGGUGGAGAACUGGCAAAACUUGGUUCUUCUCUGCUCUCUUGAGCUCAUUCAUCAGUGUUGGGCUUACUGUUGUGUUUGCUUGAUAUAUGGUAAAACGGCUUGCAGGAUGUCAUUUGCAGAACAUAAUGAGCAUCUUGUGCUUUUUAUUUUGGAUUGUUACAAAGAUAUGGAGUGAGAAAAGUUCAUUUACGUUGUCCAUUAUUGCUGCU